GAAACGCGACCACGUUGCGAUAUAAAAGGAAGUAAUGUUAUAAUGUCUUUAUCACAUUCCAUUUGUCUGUACUGCGGUUUGGUCUUGUUCCGAUCAACAUGUCCAACAAAAUCUUGGUGCUACUUGCGUGUGUAAUCACGCUAUCAUCGUUGGUCAUCGCUGGCGGACACGGCGGUGGUCACAAGAAAGUAAUCAUACACGUCCCUUUGUUCGUGAAACAUCAUCAUCAUAAGCACACAAUUGUGAAGCACGUUCAUCAUAAAAGCGGCGGCGGUGGUGGUGAUGAUCACUACGAGGUCUUGGGAUACACUUAUGGUGAACCGAAGCCAGCACCUCAUUUUGGAGGAGGUCACGGUUGGCACGCAGCGGAAGAAAGUCAAGUACAUGACAGUCCUGUUAGUUUCUCCGGCAAUGACCACGGUUUAUACUCCCUCACAGACCAAAACGAGUAUUGAAAUGUCAAGAACAUGCAACAAGAUACCUUCCGGGCGCUCACACGAGUGUAAAGUUACCAUACCACAACAGAUAUAAAUCUUUGAUGGAUGUUAGUGUAAUGUUAAGGGUAUUUGACUAUAAAACUCUAUGUUAAUACUGUAUCUGUGACUUAAAGAAAUACAAAAUAUCGAACAACUAGAAGUUUCAUCAAGAACAUAAUCUCAGCUGAAAUCGCUUCUAUUGUUCAUACAAUUCAUGCUUCUGUUCUCUUUUAGAGAGUCUCAAGUGUUUCAUACGUAUGUGUUGUGAAGAAAACUCAAAAAACAUUUAUUGGGACUUACAAAAUCAAAGCGUAUAUAACGAAACUUAGUUAACAGUAAAAUCAUCUACAUGAUGGACUAACGUCUAAUCUCUUUUUUAUUUGGUUAUUUUCACUUCAAAAUACUGUGUUCAAGGAUUAUUUUUACCAAGGCAUCAGGAUUUCUUCUCUUUCUUCAGGAGGUCUUUUAUUUGCACCAUAUACAUAUAAAGACGACUUUUGACGACUCAUUGGUUUAGUGGUUAGUACCCCUGACUGCGAAUCCAUGGGUCCCGCCCGGGUUC